UAGGUUGAAGAUUGUGAAGAUUUCUUUUAAGUGCAAACAGUUUUUUAUUCAACUUAGAAAGGAAUUGCAUGAAUCUAGAGAAACACUACUGGGAUUUAAUAUGGUGAAUUACCGAGCUUGUAAGAAUUUGUGGAAAGCAUGUGUAGAACAUCACACAUUCUUCCGUUUGGACAGACCACUUCCACCUCAAAAGAAUUUUUUUGCACAUUAUUUUACAUUAGGUUCAAAAUUCCGGUACUGUGGGAGAACUGAAGUCCAGUCAGUUCAGUAUGGCAAAGAAAAGGCAAAUAAAGACAGGGUAUUUGCAAGAUCCCCAAGUAAGCCUUUGGCACGGAAAUUAAUGGAUUGGGAAGUAGUAAGCAGAAAUUCAAUAUCUGAUGACAGGUUAGAAACACAAAGCCUUCCAUCUCGAUCUCCACCUGGGACUCCUAAUCAUCGAAAUUCUGCAUUCACACAAGAGGGAACCCGAUUACGACCAUCUUCAGUUGGUCAUUUGGUAGACCAUGUGGUUCACACUUCACCAAGUGAAGAUUUUGUGAGUCAGAGAUCUCCAUCAUCUACACAAGCUAAUAGCAUCAUUCUGGAAUCAUCACCAUCACAAGAAACACCUGAAGAUGGGCAACCCCCAGCUUUACCACCUAAACAAUCUAAGAAAAAUAGUUGGAACCAAAUUCAAUACUCACAUUCUCAGCAAGACCUGGAAAAUCAUACUAAUGAAGCAUUUGAUAUACCUUCUUCCCCUGAAAAAUCUACUCCUAAUGGUGGUAUUCCACAUGAUAAUCUUGUUCUAAUCAGAAUGAAACCUGAUGAAAAUGGAAGGUUUGGAUUCAAUGUAAAGGGAGGAUAUGAUCAGAAGAUGCCUGUAAUUGUGUCCCGAGUAGCACCAGGAACACCUGCUGACCUCUGUGUCCCUCGAUUGAAUGAAGGGGACCAAGUUGUACUAAUUAAUGGUCGGGACAUUACAGAACAUACCCAUGAUCAAGUUGUCCUAUUUAUUAAAGCUAGCUGUGAAAGACAUUCUGGGGAACUCGUGCUUCUAGUUCGACCCAAUGCUGUGUAUGAUGUAGUGGAAGAAAAACUAGAAAAUGAACCAGACUUCCAGUACAUUCCUGAGAAAGCCCCACUAGAUAGUGUCCAUCAAGAUGACCAUUCCCUGCGGGAGUCAAUGGUCCAGCUAGCUGAGGGGCUUAUUACUGGAACGGUCCUGACACAAUUUGAUCAACUGUAUCGUAAAAAACCUGGAAUGACAAUGUCUUGUGCCAAAUUACCUCAGAAUAUUUCCAAAAAUAGAUACAGAGACAUUUCGCCUUAUGAUGCUACACGGGUCAUUUUAAAAGGUAAUGAAGACUACAUCAAUGCAAACUAUAUAAAUAUGGAAAUUCCUUCUUCAAGCAUUAUCAAUCAGUACAUUGCUUGUCAAGGGCCAUUACCACACACUUGUGCAGAUUUUUGGCAAAUGACUUGGGAACAAGGCUCCUCCAUGGUUGUAAUGUUGACCACACAAGUUGAACGUGGCAGAGUUAAAUGUCAUCAGUAUUGGCCAGAACCCACAGGAAGUUCAUCCUAUGGAUGCUAUCAAGUUACCUGCCAUUCAGAAGAAGGAAAUGCUGCUUAUAUCUUCAGGAAUAUGACAUUGUUCAACCAAGAGAAAAAUGAGAGUCGUCAACUCAUUCAGAUCCAGUACAUAGCCUGGCCUGACCAUGGAGUCCCUGAUGAUUCAAGUGACUUUCUGGAUUUUGUUUGUCAUGUACGAAAUAAGAGGGCUGGCAAAGAAGAACCUAUUGUUGUUCAUUGCAGUGCUGGAAUUGGAAGAACUGGGGUUCUUAUUACUAUGGAAACAGCCAUGUGUCUCAUUGAAUGCAAUCAGCCAGUUUAUCCACUAGAUAUUGUAAGAACAAUGAGAGAUCAACGAGCCAUGAUGAUCCAAACACCUAGUCAAUACAGAUUUGUAUGUGAAGCUAUUUUGAAGGUUUAUGAAGAAGGCUUUAUUAAACCCUUAACAACAUCGUCAAAUAAAUAAGAAAAGAUAUGAAAUACAUGUUGGAAAACUGCUAUUCGUUAUAUUUCAUUAUAUUCACUGUGCCAUGACACUGCUUGCAGGAAAUGGCAUCUCACAAAAAAAUGAAGAACUAAAAAAAAAGAACUUUGAAAACUUCAGCACUGUUGCACUUUAUGUUUUAAAAAUAAGUCAACCCUUCAGAAUCUAUAACUCAUGUGUUGGAAGACUAUUUCAUGCUUUGCUCCGAACAAAUAGUGAAUAACUGAGUAUGUUCAGGGUAAUUUAUGAAAAUUUGUGGUGGUGCCAUGCAGUCCCCUUCUGGUAGAAUUGCCACAAGCGAGGCUCAGAAUCCUCAUCAUCUUUGUUGUACAUCUGUAUCUUGAAAGCAAAAAGAAGUAAAUAUCAGGAGUCAGCUCUGGCUUUUUUUUUUUCCAGUGGAUCAUGUACUUACUAAACUGAUUACCAGAUUUUAUUUUUAAGAUUUUAGCAAUAUCAUUCUCAAUAUUAGCCAAUACACUGCCUAUGGAUGCAGCACAUCUUUCCCUACGCACCCCCUCUAGAGACCUGCUGUUCAGAAGAAGAAAGGUGGAAUUUGCUAUUCCCAGGAAAUGCUGCACAUUGUCCAUUUACCAGCAUCUUAUAAAAAGUAUAGAUAUGAAUCUACAAAUUUUCUUGAAUUUAAUAAUGUAAUUAUAUUUAUCAUAAGGUUGGCUUAUUCCAAAUCAUGUGAUUUCAUAUACUUGAUGUAAAGGAAUGCAUGCAUUGUGUCUUAACCCCUUAAGUGCCUUGAGACAUCUUUAUGUCUAAUGAAAGGCACUCAUUUGACCCCACUAGGAGGUAUGUAAGUAUAUUGUACAUUCUUACAUUUUUAUGCAUUUUGAAUAAGUUCACAUUUUAAAAACAGGCUUCUUGUAUUGAGAGUUAUGCAGUCAAAAAAGGGUAAGAAAAUUCUAUUUCUUACUCAAUACUUGUAUUUUGCCAUAAGAAGCAAAAAUACUUCGUGUUCUACUGAGUGCACGCUCUGCUGCUACAGAAUUGUUCAAAAUAUGCACAUUCCUUUACUGCGGGACAGGGGUUACAGUUAAGCAGCUCAACUUAAAAAGAUGCUUUAUUAUUCAAAUUUCAUAUUUAUUUUAUCCCUGACUUUAGAAGUGGCAUCUGAUAAAAUACUGGGACUCUAAGCUAUAGAGCAAUUAAUUAAUUUUGAUUCAUUCCUAUCCAUAACUAAAAUAUUUCUCCUUAGCAUUCAUUUUAGUUAAUACGAAGCCUUUUUCGCACUGGUCUUUUGGUUGGGAUUCUUCAAGUGAGAAAUUAAAUAUUAUUGAGUCUAAAUAUAACCCUUCCUUAACUAAAAUGAGGGUUUUCUUGUCACUUUGUGUACAAUUAAAUUAUUUCCGUUUAUAUAUACUUAUUAAAUUAUAAGCAUGUUAUAUAAGGAGUCUUUUGAUUAUCCAAUCUGAUUGAGGAUCUGAUUCCCAUUAAGGAUAUAUCUGUUAACCUCUUCAGGUGUUUUGGAUUUCAAGUCUACAGAGAUAGAACUUUAAUAUUGCCCAAUUUAAGUGAAAAUUUGCCUGCCUAUUUAAAUAUUAUUUUACAUAAAUAUUUUAUAUGGAUAUGGUUAAAGUAGAUUCAUUUACUAGUGGUUUCUGAAUAUUUAUAGUUUUGAUAAAGUUUAGAGUCUAAUGGUUGGUAUUUUGGAAUGCCAUUUAGUAUGAAGGGGAAAAUGUACAUUUGAAAAUCUUUAGUAAAAUCUAAAUGAUGUCAUUUCACAUUCAAAAAUCUAUCAUAAUACAUUUCAGAAAGUUAAGCUCCUAAACAUUAAUAGCCAAGAUACCAAAUAAAUUAUACUAAAAUACUUCUAAGUCUUUUUUUAAAGAGAGAAGUAAACAUAAUCUUUAUGUUCUUAUCUAUUUCCUGAUUUCAGUCAAGACAGUAUAAAAUAGUAAAUGAACUAUUGACUUAUUUGAACAUUCCAUUCUGUACCAACAGAUAAAUGUAAAUAAGGCUGCUGUAUGAUAUGACAAGUUGAAAAAUGAAAAAGGAAAGACACGUUGGGGAUCUACAUAUGAAAUAACUGUUUUUGCACUUAUUUUUUGUGUGUAUUAAAAAAGUCUCUGCUAACUGGACAGAAAAUGACCGUCACAGUCAAAAAGAUAACAGUUGUGUAGACAUAAACAGACAAAUGUCUUGCUUGGCAUGUUCUUUAACUAUGGCUUUGUUUACAUUUCCCAGGUUAACUAAUUGUUGGCAAUGAGCACUGCUGCCUUUUUCAAUCAUUAAUGCCUGUCUUGAAAUGCCAAUGUGUUAGAGGUGUAGAAUUACAUUUAAAUUUAUCAUGUAUGCAUUUUUCAUCUGGGAGCUACGCUUUGUCAGUGUUUGUAUGUACAAAAGGAUCCUUUGUAAAAAUAUAUUAGGAUAUUACUUAAAUUAUCCUUCACAGCUUCUAAAAUGACUACUCUAAUUAAGCUUCCCUGUUUACCUAACAGCAAAGUCUUUAUCCAUUACACAUAAGAAUUUUUUAACCUGUUUUAAUCUAAAUAAGUUUCUAGAAAUAAUGGUGGCUUUUGUACACCAAGUUGAGUAGUUCUAGACUCCAUCCAUAUCAAUGUAAUGUUGUGUGGUAAAUUUCACGUUUCUUGUGUCUAAGCUGCUCUCCCAGUCCUGGUCACCCCUGCCUCCAUACCAUUAUACACUCAAGAAAGAAUGCUGACUUUUAUUCUGACAAGUGGAAAUCGGUAUUGGUGAUUCAAGGAGCUUUUAUAAAUGCAAGUAUUUGUAGAGAACUUCCCUCUCCGAUUUCAAAUGUUUUUUCUGUGUUCAUUUCAAGUUGUUUUUAUUUGUAUCUUAUUAGCAUCUGAUUUUUGUCGGCAUGGUAUAGACAGGCUGAAGAAUAUUUUGGAAUAAUCUUUGCAUUCACAAGAAGAAUUGGUUGGAUUUGUCAAACUGAUACAACCAUCCAGAAUUGAGGCAGAGUAAACAUCUCAGAAAAAUUUCCGUUGUCUGGCCUAUUAGGUCAAAUAGAAGGAAGACAAAUGAUUGAUCAUUUUGAUUUAAGAAUAAAGAGAACAUUUAUUAUAUGAAAACUGACUUCAAAUGCACAAAGUUACAUUAAGGCAUUAAGAUGAUUGCUUGAAAGUUUCAGGUACAAAUAUAUGUGUGUGUGUGUGUGUGUGUGUGUAUAUAUAUAUAUAUAUAUAUAUAUAUACACGUACAUACAUACAUAGAGAUACUUUAGUGCAUUUGUUUACACAUUUCGUUAAAGUUACUGCCCACAAACAGGAAGAACAGACUGUUUAAAGUACAAGGUUGUUGAGCAUCAGUUAGCAGGUCUGAUCAGGUCUAAUCAGGAAUUUGAGAAAAAAUCUUGUCUCCUGUCUCAAGUACAACUUGAGAGCAGAAAGGAAAUGGAAAGAUUUUUUUCCCCCAAUCUCCACUUCCCUUAUUAUAGCAAGGAAACAGAGACCCAGCAACAGUAAUUGAUUUAGCAAAGUCUCAUUUUGUACAAUCUAAGUUUCCUAAUUCUCAAUAUGGUGUUCUCUAUGUUAUACUAGAACUUCAGUAAUUGUAACCUAUGUGAAUAUCAUAAAUUCUUGUGAAUUUUAGUCUGUUUCAACUUGAGAAGCAUACUCAGUGUUUUUGCUUCAUAACUAUGACAACCUUAGGAGAUAUCGCUUAAGUUAGAAAAUAAGUAGGCUGCAGUAGUGAUCCUAAUUAGGACCCUGACUCACUCAUGCUUCCCUGUCAGAGAACAUAAGCUUUUGUGAAGUAUUGAGGCUGAUACAAAUGCAAUAUAAAAGCAUUCUGGACUGCAAGUAGAAGACUAAUUUUUAAAAACACUUAAGACACAGAACUAAGAUUUAAAUGUAUGUCCAUUUAUAGUGAAAUAAUUUAUGUUCAUAAUGUGAACAUGUAAUAGAAUAAAAGCAUUAUUUGUCUUAUAAUCUGAUCAUGAAUGGAGAAGGGAAUACGAAUUUAUAACAAUGUGCUAUUUAAUAUUUGUAUUUUGAAAAUAUUUAAAAUAUUCUAUUGGUAAGGUUGCCAAAGUAGUUUUGAAUUCAUAAAAGUUAUAAUAAUGUGGGAUAUGUUUACAGGUUCUUUGAUUUGGUAGUAAUUUUCAUAGUUCAGAUUAAUUUGCAUUUAAAGUCAUUUGUAGUAAGUACAUUAUGGUAAAUGUUUGUUUGAAUAAACAUCUUGAUAUGACAAGAUGUAUAUGAGUGAUACCAUAGCCUGCUUUUAUAUAAGCUGCCACAUAAACAAACUGAGUACUUCAUAUGAAGAUUGUUUCCCACAUUUGCUUCAGUUGUACAACCACAGUUUCUGGAACUGUUUGUUGUGGUGCUUCUUCCGAAUGAAAUAGCUGUUUUUACAAUCCACUAGGUUAAUUUAAUCAAAUAUUGGAUUUACCGAUCUGUUGGCAAAGAUUUAUUAGUGUCUCAGUGUGGUCACAAUACAAAUUGUAGCAACUAUUUUAUAAGUCUUAAACAUAUAGAUAAAAGGAAUUUUCUUAAUCCUAAAGCAUUUUGAGGGCUGCUUGCUGAUCCAUAUUUCAUCAAUUUGAAGAGCCCAAGAAAUGAAUUCCUAAAUUGUAUGUUUGGGGUUCAGUUUUCUUUACAAUGCCUACAACAGUUAUCAACAUUAUUAUAUGCAGUCUUCAACUAUUUUUUAGUAGCAAUUAUUAUUAUAAGCCUUUUGAUGUUGUUAGAAAUAGCAAUCCCUAUUUCUGCCCAAAAUUAGACACUUUUAUUUCACAAUAUUGGUGAAUUUGUUUUGGGUAGACAACAAAAUACUACUUGUUUCUAUAUAUAAAUUUGCUGCUAUUUAUUUUUAUGUUUUUCUACUUUAGUAUAUUGUUGAUUUCUGAAAUUUAAGUUAAAAUUGUUUUUAUUUUAGUCAUCCAAGCUAAGUGGUCAGCCAUAGUACUAUCUGCUUGGGUGUAAUCUGUCUGCAUUAGUUAGACAUAGUUCAGUGCAUAAAUAAACAAAUUUUUCUUUUAAUUUGCAAAGUGAAAGUUACGAGCAAUCUUGCAAGUUAAAGCUACAAUUUUAGGGAAGAGUUCAAACAUUUAACUUUUUUUUUUUAACCUUUUAAAAUUUCCAGUACAAGAAUGGAAAUGUUUGAAAGCCUUCUUUAGCUCACAAAAGUUAAACACUGUAACAGAGUUUUCCUAUCUGUUGUUGUGUAAAUGAUAUAGAAAAUAUUUUUCUAUGAAAAAAAGUUGAAAAUGUUAACUUCUUUAAUUGUUAAAAAGGGAUAAAAUGAUAUUUGUAUGUCUUUCAUGCUGUAAAGAAAAUGAAUGUAUCUUUCAAAUGUUAUUAGAAUUAUGACUUGAUUCUAAGGAUACUCUUAUUUUUUAACAAAAAAAGAAAGCCUGCAAAAGGAUUGGAAAGAAGAAAGGGAGGAGUAUUACACAUUAUAAAAAAUGCAAUUUUAGAUGAAAAGUAAUUUUCAUUAUAAAAGAGCAAUUGUUGAAACAUAUUACAAACAUGAUGUGCAUUCUUUUUCAUAUUGCUUUGUUUUAGCUCUAGAAAUUUCCAGAAAAUUCACACAUACGCCUUUUAAGUGUAAAAUAUUCUAAUUCUAGGCUUCUGGGGUGAAUUUUUGUGUGAGGUUAAAAAUUCUGGAUGAAUUUUUGUGUGAGGUUAAACAUGCUGCUGCGUGUGUCUGCCACGGAGAAAAGUUCCCAAGCUUUGUCACUGGGACACCAUAAGUGAGGACAUCAUUGUAAGAAUGUGAUUUAGUUAAAGCCUGAAAACCUUGCCUGAAAUCCACUACAGUUAAUUAUGUGUAAAGGUCCCUGACCCAGUAAGUGGUUCUGCCUUUUUAUUGUCAAAGUCACAGACCAUCGGGUCCAACUCUGACUUGAAGCAGUGGUGUCUUAUAUGUUAACGAUUAUUAAUGCUGAUGAACAACAACAAAAAAAAAAAAAAAAAAACUUUAUUUUAAGCCAACUACUACAGGCAUGAUUUGUUCAGCAGCAGCUUUAAAAAGUAGUAUUUACUGUCACUCAUUAAACUUGAUUCAGUUGGGGUUGGAAGCAGUGAUGCAGGCCUGUAAUCCCAGCACUCAGGAGGCUGAGGCAGGAGCAUUCAUAUUCAAGACCAGCCAAGGCAAUUUAGUGAAACCUGUCUCAAAAUAAAAAACGACUAAGGAUGUCACUCUGGUAGAGCACCCCUGUGUUCAGUCCCCAGUACUGGCAGGAGAAGGACUUGAUUCAGUUAGAGUUUCAUUCUCUUAGCUUCCUGCUUUUUGUCCUCCGCAUUAAAAAAAAAAAAAAAAAAAAAAAAUCACUCACCUUCCAGGCACACUGGUGCACGCCUAUAAUCCCAGUGACUUGGAAGGCCAAGGCAGGAGAUUUGAAAGUUCAAAGCCAGCCAAAGUACUUGGAGAAGCCCAUAGCAACUUAGACCCUGUCUCAAAAAUAAAAGGAGCUGGGGAUGUGGCUCAGUAGUUAAGUGCACCUGGGUUCAAGCCCCAGUACUCCCGCCCCCACUCCAAAAAUCACUAUGAAAUAAAUACUCUGAACAACUAAAAGGUGUUACCUUUAUUACCUUUUGCAACAGUUAUAAGAAAUUAGUGGGCUGGGGAUGUGGCUCAAGCGGUAGCGCGCUUGCCUGGCAUGCGUGUGGCCCGGGUUCGAUCCUCAGCACCACAUACCAACAARRAUGUUGUGUCCGCMGAGAACUARAAAAUAAAUAUUGAAAAUUCUCUCUCUCUCUCUCUCUCUCUCUCUCUCUCUCUCUCUCUCU